GGUGGUCUUAAGAUUGGUCUCUGGACAAUACAAGACCUUUUUUUGUGUAACUGGCCUCUGGUUCCCACAGUGGAGAGUAGCUGUUGCCAUGGUGAUAUGGGAGGAAACUAAUGCUUAAGGAAUUAGAAAGAAGUCCAGAAGAAAGACUUAAACAGGAGAGAGUGAAACACAGCAAGUGAAGCCUUGAGGCCAUCCAUUGCCAGCAACUAAUAUAAUUAUCGACUGGUUCCUGUGUUUCUGGGUCACACAUUACUUAAAAAAAAAAAAAAAAAAAGGAACCUCAGAACAAAGGAAGUAUAGAAGUACCGAAACUCCAAAAACUCCCAGGACCCUAUGCGUGAAGUCACAGAAGAGGUAAAGGAAUUAUUUCUCACCCUUUCGCUUCUAAAGUCUGUCUUUUUUUUUUUUUUUUUUUUUUGCCAUCUCCACCACCUUACUUGGCAAAUGUGCAAAACAGCACAUUUUUAAUUAAUAUGAGUAACUAUGUCGUAUGAAGAGAUCUGUAUGUAAACUAUUCUUUCCUAACUGCAAACUGCAUAUAUGUGUCGGAUCAACGAUUUGAAAGAUUUCAAAUAUAAUAACAAAAGGACAUUAUCAUGUUUUUAUUAUUUCUACACCAUUUAAGAAACAAGUCAAAUGGAUGAAAUAUAUACAUAUAUAUAUAUAUGUAUGUUAUGAGCAUUUCUUCUCCAAGUAACCAUAGUCAUCUGAUAUCUAUGGUCUAAAUUCUCAUUCUUGAGCUACUUUGGAUGAAAAGUUUGUAUUCAAAUCUGGAAAAAAAAAGAACAAAGCUAGGAAACUUGAAUCUGUAGCACUGAAUACAGUUUUAACUAACCCUUGCUGGAAAAGUUACAUGGGUGCAAUUGCAUUUAAUCAUUUUUUCCUGCAGAGUGAAUGCUUAGUGGCAAGCUGUCUCCAAAUACCAACAGCCGUAUCUCACAUUUUAACCGCAUCAGUGUCAGCUGCAGCAGCACGGCUCCUCACUCACUAGCAAAUUAUGCAGAGUUGGAAUUUUAUUGCCACCUUUUUGGCCUCCUUGUUUAGCCAUGCAAAACUAAUGGAACACUUUUAAAUGGUCAGCAAUUAACUGAUUAUUCAAGUCACCAAGCUACAGCAACAGUUUCCAAUGUGAGUGGAUGAAGUGACUGCAUUCAAGAGUGGAAAAGUUACAAAAUAAAUUUUGUUUCUUGUUUUAAGAAAAAAAGUUGUUGGGUACACCAAGAGCAGAGAAGACAUGCCGACGGGCUACACACUGCGCACACUGACAGUCCUGCUGCUAUUAGGGGUGCUUUCAGCUGUCAUGUCAGUACUGUCAGUCUUGCUUAUAGUCCAAAUCCAGUCCAACCAGUGUGCAACAGUGACCUCGGACACAGCUGCUAAGGCCUUGCCUUCAGGGUUCUCGGUGCAGGUUAGCCAAGUACUGCUGCCCGUUUCUACUGUGCUCACAGCUCUUUCCCUGACGCUGAACCUGAGUUGCGUGAUCCUAUGCCUCCUACACAGCUACUUUUCUGCAGAGAUCUGCAAAGAGGAAUCCCAGCACCCUGACAGAGGUGACUGGUUUUUGCUGGACAGUCGCGCAAUUCGCCAUGUUGCCAUUGGGUUGUUCUGCUUAGGAGUGUCCGUAUAUUUAGCAGCUCUUUCCAUUUACAUGUUGCUACUCUUUGAGAGAGAGACUGGAAUAGCUAGUGCCUGCAUCCUCGCAUCUGGAGUAAUCGUUCUUCUGAUCAUUGUUAUUCACUCUCUGGUCAAGGCUUCACAGGUAAACAACCGCAGCCAUCCUGAGAUGACAAACACAAUGUAUGAAAAUGACUCUGCUCAUGGGGAAGACACUCCAGCCCCACAGCAAGACAAGACAGAAGCACCAAAACCAAAACCUCGGCCAGAAAUCCAUCGAGAAUUUUCAUACCCCCCUUUCAUAGAACAUAAGUCCCAUUUAUCUCCAACUGUCAGUCAUUCAACCUCAGUAGGAAGCCAUGCAACUAUACCAAGCCAGAAAAUCACCUCAACAGAAAAAGAUACCUUUGUUGCUCCUAGGAUGCAUAGAACUCUUUCAGCAGAAUCAGGGCUCCUACAGGCCCAGACGAAACCUUGGAAUGGGGUAACCCAUGAGAUGAGGACUGUUUUAGCACGUAAACCAGGCCCAUCUGGCAAAGACUCAACCUUAGUUUGAAGGAGCGUCACAAAUGCAUUUUCAGAAACACUUCAAUGGGUACUUUUGACAUCUAAAAACCUACAAUUCAAGACACACUAUUUUCUUUGGCAUCCAUUAAUGUUUUCCGCUCCUACAGGCAGUAAUAGGCUUAACAUGCUAAAUUUACAGCAUAAAUACACAAACUACUACAUUCAUAGUUGUUCUUCCAUGCUUUUUGAACAUCAGGCUACUGCCACUAAGCACAGUCACUUUCUCAAUGGUAGCUUCUUCUUCUGCAGCAUCUUAAGAUGAUUGAACCAAACUCAGCAGGUCUGCAAAAUAUUUUGGUAUAGCAUUUCAUGUAUGUUGUGAAACAAGUACAGCUUUUAAUUAGAUAAAGAAGAAAUGAAUCAGUUUGCAUGGAACAUUAAGUAAUAAAUGUGUGUUCUUUAAACCAGCAGUACUGCAAAACCUAAAUGAAGCAGAAGCAUUUCAGUUACAUAAAUUACAGCAGCAUAAAUAUAUGCAGAUCUCAAACUGAUAUGCUCAAUUUUUAUCAACACUUCAUUAGUACCACUAUUUCUUUCACAGCAAUGAGAGUUGUGGACAUUUGUGCACAGUUUUCCAAUACAGUCCUGUACUUCUCUUGUACUUAAUCCAUUCCUUUAGCAUCAAAUUAUUUUUGGCAUUUAUUUAAGAAAGUGCAGACGGGAUAAAAACCUGCUUACAAUACACUUAGGCUUGUAAUACUGCUUUACAGGAGCUAGAAGGAGUGAGAACUUGCACAGCUGAGGCACACACAAGCCAGGUGCUACUCCAACAACUUCGUCACAUUUGACGCCAUGUGUCACUGCUUCUAGAAUGAGACAGAAACAACAUUACUGUUUUAGAGAUCAGAAAUUAUGGAAGUUUUAAAAGUUUAUAUCCAAGAUGACACACUCCUAAUGGUGAAUUCUUGCUCUCCACAGUAGUGCAGACAGGACACAGCAUUGUCAAAGAUGAUUGACUGAAGAAUGCUGGGGCGUGCACUUACAGUACUUGGAUUCCCUCAUUCCUAAUAUCCUGCCUCAAGUAAAUAAUGUUAUGUAGCAGUAAAAAGGUCUAAAGGAGACACAUCAGUUUCACUGGACACUGUAAAACCCAACGUGGGUGAAUGGAGCUGGAGGCAGGUUUUAUUUCUUGGGCAAACCAGUUGCAUUAGCAUCAUCUUCAGUCUAACCUGCUCAUGUACAGAAACCCAAAGGCCUGGAAGUUCUAGGUCAGAGUUCCCUACAAGGGCUCUGGGCAGAUCAUGAAACUUGUUUCUGAACUACACAGUAAAGUCUUUAAACAGUUGCUUAGCAGCUUUCUAGUGAGGUAUUUUUGUGGGCUAUGCACUUAGCUUCACAGUCUGGUUGACUGAAUAACUACAGGUAUUAAAAACAUUGCUACUUAGAUUCUCCAGUGCACUAACUUCACAAAUAUGAAAAAGAGAUCACACAUGUGUUGUAGGGGUUUCAUUUAUUUCGGGCUGUUGAAAUAUUUUCUUUAGUUACUUAAAGAACAGAAGGGUACCAAGUCCCUCAGGGAAGGAAACAUUUACUUCACUAUGAAGUUAAUAUACUUUGGUGUCCCACUCUGCAGAAUGCAUAACUAGGUGUAGAAAUCACAAAUGACAAAAGUCACACUAACGAACUAAAGUAAUGAGACAACAAUGGGAUUAAAAGGUUGUGUGGCACCUGAGGAAUGUAAUGUAUCCUCUGAAGCCAGUUUUAAAAACUAGAACAGUAAGAUGUUGAGUUACGUUAGUAAAUGUACAUGCAUGCACAUAUAUACAUGCCUGACUAUAAUGUGCGUGUGUAUGGGGGGGAGCAUAUGAUUGUGGGUUGAUUUAAAUUCAAGUGCUAUGUAUGCAUGAACACUCAAGACAAUGUUUAAUAAAGUAUUUGGUGGACUUA